AUGGCUCUCUUUGGCCACAGAGCUCGCUCUCCAGCGAGGCCCGCCGCGGCGGCUGACAACACGACGGCGCCGACGACAAAGAGAAGAUGGGGGCUUGGUGGCAACCGCGGCAGGACAGCCCAGCCUGCUGCGUAUAGCAUGGCCACGCGUCCGAGGUUUGGACAGUGGUUGAAGGUCACUUGGCUGGACAUCCUGACCAUGGUGGCCAUGGGUGCAAUCGGCCUCGGUGUCUACGAAGCAAAGCCCGCUCCUACGCGGUCCUUCCCCGUCACCUUCUCCGACGGCGAAAUCGUCUUCCCCCAGUUCGGCUAUCCCCUGCGCCAUGAAAUCAUCCCCAUCUGGCUCGCGGCCUUCCUCGCCGCCGUGAUCCCCAUCGUUGUCAUCCUGUUGAUGCAGAUCCGUAUCCGCUCCUUCUGGGACGUCAACAACGGCAUCAUCGGCCUGUUGUACGCGCUCAUCUGCGCCGCCGUCUUCCAGGUGUUCCUCAAGUGGUUGAUUGGCGGUCUCCGGCCGCACUUUUUGGACGUGUGCAAGCCCGACCUGAGCCGCGUCACGACGUCUGCCCUGGACAGGGCCGGCUACCAGCAGAUUUACUUUACGCGCGACAUUUGCACGGGCGACCCCGACCAGAUCGAUGACAGCCUCGAGUCCUUCCCCAGCGGCCAUACGACGGCCGCCUUCGCUGGCUUCGUCUACCUCUCGCUGUACCUCAACGCCAAGCUCAAGGUGUUUGCCAACUACCACCCGGCCAUGUGGAAGCUCAUUGCUGUCUACGCACCCAUCCUCGGCGCGACGCUCAUUGGCGGUGCACUGACGAUUGACGAGUUCCACAACUGGUACGAUGUCUUUGCGGGCGCCGUCAUUGGCACCAUCAUGGCCUUUUCUGCGUACAGGAUGCUCUAUGCCUCCAUCUGGGACUGGCGCUUCAACCACAUUCCCCUCAACAGGGGUGUCGCGUUCCCGUAUACCGUUGGCAACGGAGAUUUGUUCGAUGCCACCUUUACGAGGAGGUAUGGUAAUGGAUAUGGCAACGGCUAUGGUAAUGGAUAUCACCACAAUGCGGCCGAACCGGCAGUGCCCAUGAGGGCUGCUGGGGCGCAGCACUAUCCUGAGCAGAUGGUGUAA